AUGUCCGGUAAAAUUUUCUCCUUCCAUCUCUUCUUGAUUACCUCUUUCAGAACUUAAGCGAACUGAAGGAUUUAUCGAUUACUUUCGGUAAAUGAGUUUUUAUAGGAUUUCGGUGUAUUUAGCUCCAGGCUCCUUACCUGAUCUGCGCAUUGUCACUUCUCAGUGUGCCACGCUGCGGUACAAGAAGGGUUUGCUUCGCAUGAUGAAAGAAGGGAAUGGAGAUCAGAUAUAGAAAACUCAGAAGAUGAGAGAAAAACAACAAAAAUUGCGUCCCUUAGGAAAAAGGCUUUAAACGCAUCUUGCAAGUUCACUCAUUCUCUUAAAAAAAGGGGAAGGAGGAAAAGUGACUGCAGGGCUCCAUUAGUUUCAAUAGAAGAUGUGAGAGAUGCGGAAGAGGAGCGCGCUGUUUAUGUCUUUCGACAGGAGCUUAUAGCAAGGAAUUUAUUGCCUGAGAAGCACGAUAAUUAUCAUACAAUGCUGCGGUGAGUUCUUGCUCUUGUUAUUACACACUUUGUUUGGUUUGUUGUCUGUCCUCUCUCUCUCUCUCUCUCUCUCUCUCUCUCUCUCUCUCAGAAAGAGAAACAAAGACAUUAAAGAGAGAAACGUAGGGUUUCUGGGAUUCUUUACAUAUUAUCUUUUUUCCGUGUUUUUACCAUAUUUUUUGUUCCAUUGUGAAAAAUGGAUUCAGAUUCUUGAAAGCCAGGAAGUUUGAUCACGAGAAGACAAUAUUAAUGUGGGCCGACAUGCUGCAGUGGAGAAAAGAAUUUGGAACAGAUACUAUAUUGGAGGUAGGGAUAGCAAUCACAUCUCUGCUAGACAAUCUCUUUGCAUCUGGGCGAUCAUGUUUGAUGUGUAGAUGAGGCCUAUGUUACGUGUGCAAAGUCAUUAUUACAAACCUCACUUAUUUACGUAUAUACAUUUUUAAAAUUUAGUUUUGUAAUUAUAUAGUUGAGAACAUGGCAAUUUCAUCGAGGAUUUAGCCCUUAUGGUCUUUAUAGCUUCAUUGGAGGUAGGUACAACAAUCAGUGACCCAUGUGAUUCUAUUGUUCUGGAAAAACUACAGUAUGAGUCUAGAACUUUGCCACAGUCAGCAAUAAGACAUUAGUGACCGAAACCUUGACAAAAUUUAUUAUGUGAUUUUUUUUUGAUCUCAUAAUUCUGUAAUGCCAUCUAAGUCUGAGGAGCAUAAUUGGUUCAUAUGGAUCUCUUCCCUAAGGCGCAGGUAUUAAUUACAUGGGCCAAUCUUAUUUCCUUUAUUUUGCUAAGCAUUGCCAUGUUAAUUAGAGCCAAGAACGUCACCAUGUCAAAGUUCUUUAUGCAAGUGCAGUUGAAUCAUAUUUUCAUUAGGACUGCAUCAAGGUGUGUACCUCUGGUCAGUAUGUUAGGAAAUUCUGUGUUCUUUAUUCUCCCUGUCUUACCUGUUUUCCUACAUUGGGAUGAACAUUUGAGUUCUUCGUCAUUUAAAGCAUAGUAGAUACUCUUUGCAUCCUGUUUCUAAAUCAUAUUUUCCUUAAUAAUGUGUUAUUCUUCCAUCUGCCCACUGACAUUGGAGAAAAUGCUGAAUUUGGCUGAAGGAUUUUGAGUUUGAGGAGCUGCGAGAAGUUCUGCAGCACUAUCCCCAAGGUUAUCAUGGCAUUGACAAAGAAGGAAGACCUGUCUAUAUUGAGAGGCUGGGGAAAGUUGAGCCUAACAAACUCAUGCACAUAACUAGCAUUGAACGCUACAUAAAAUAUCAUGUACAAGAAUUUGAACGAGCACUUCGUGAAAAGUUUCCUGCGUGUUCAAUCGCUGUUAAGAGACAGAUUAGUUCGACCACCACUAUACUUGAUGUUCACGGCGUGGUAUACUGCAGGAGCUACCCAUUUCUCAGAUGUUUUCUUAAUCUUUUGGAUUGAAUAAUUGUAAUGAAUCUCUUCUGAAACGUCAAAGUUUGUACUCUGUUUCUAUUAGGGUCUAAAAAACUUCAGCAAGUCAGCAAGAGACCUCCUAUUGUCCAUGCAGAAAAUAGACGGGGACUACUAUCCUGAGGUACCUGUUCCUAAUAAUAUGCUCCGUUAAAUAAAUGCCGCUUAAGGAAAAUAGAGUUGUUGUUUACCCGUUUUUCUAUGCAGACGCUACAUCAGAUGUUUAUCGUCAAUGCUGGUCACGGCUUCAAACUGCUUUGGAACACAGUAAAGGGUUUCCUUGAUCCCAAGACGACUUCUAAGAUUCAUGUAAGAAUGCAACCUUGGUCAAACGUUGUGUAAAAACAUACGUUCAUGAUAUCUAUUUCCCUGUUUAUCCCAGUCUAAAUGUACGCUGACUAGUCUUGGCUCUGCUCAGGUGCUGGGAACUCGAUUUCAGAGUAGACUUCUUGAAGCCAUUGAUGCAAGGUGACGGCCUCACCAUAUACAACGCUUUAGGAAAUGACUUUGCCUGUUUAUCCUUAUCAAUGUUUUUCUGUUCAGCCAACUCCCAGAUUUCCUGGGUGGUACGUGUACGUGUUCGGGCAAAGGAGGAUGUCUCAGGUCCAAUAAAGGUCCAUGGAAUGAUCCGGAGACAAUGAAGGUACUAUACAUUACUAAACGGGGUUUUGCAAAGGGUCAUGCUAAAAGUGUGAAAAGCAGAAAAGGAGAGUGAAAACUAAAGUUCCUAAAGAUUCUGAUCCAGAUUCUGCGGUUGAUCUAUCACUAAUUCUUCCCACCUUGGUCUCUGUAGCUUGUAUAUGAUGCACAAGCAACGUUCGUGAGGGAGGUUAGGAGACUAUCUAACGGAGAGCAAAUCAUUGACUAUGUUACAAGGUUACGUCCAUUGAAGGCAAGUUUCUGAACCCUCAAGCACAUACAAUGUGAAAGGGAGAUUUCUUAUAGAGUUGAUUGACUUAUCUCAGGGAAGAAUUAGUGAUACAUCAACUGCAGAAUCUGGAUCAGACAUUGAAGAUCCUUGUUCACCAGUUUUACCAAAGGCUUCUGAAUUUAGGCGGUUGGCCCCGGUUCAUGAGGAAGUAAGUUUCCACCGAACACUUGCUUAGGAAUUAUCUUUCCGUGCCCUUAAUGACAGAUACAGAGCUCAAAAAUUUGGUCACCAUAAUAAGAUGUGACAGUUUAUAAAUCAGGUAUCCCAUUGAAGAUGAAAGUGGAUUUCUUAUGGUUUUGAAGUACAAACAGUGUUCGAUAAUGAUGCUUUUUUUUUUGCUUCAUCUUUCUUUGUCUUGAGUCACCAAUUUGUCAAGAUUUGAUCACACAACCCCUUCUGUUAAAAAAGAAAUGUUCAUGACAAAGUCACAUUCAAAUAUCUUAUUCUAAACAUCGUGAAAUAAAAAAUAUACAAAGAAAUGUGUCCACCCGUAUGGUUCUUCUUUAGUUGAUUUACCCGAUACGGGUCGUUAGAAUGUGCUUUGGGACUUGCCUCUGUAGACCAUAUCGGUGACUUUUAGCAAUCACCACAUAUGCUGAAGGCAUUAAAUUCCAAAUGAGCCAUAGGCUUGAUUUAGUUUUUUGAUUUGUAGAAUACAAGAUUAUACUCACUUCUCCAUCCGAUAGAAAAGAUUUGCAGUAUGCUUAAUCUAGAAAGAAUCUAUUUUGGAAUAAACUGUAGCAUCAGUCAAAGAUGGUGUCUAGCUUAAUCGCACUGAUUCGCUACGGAUUUCAUGUAUCAUGCUUAGUUAUCCCCUGAAUCAAGGCUACAUGCUUUAAACUAAGACAACUCACAUGAGACAAAUUUCGCUCAUCACCAGUCCGUAUUCUUAUUUACCUCCUCUUAAUAUGAAUAUUUAUUUCUUUAUCUGCUUUCAUUUUUUUCAGGUUAGGCCAAUAAAUCCGAGUGUUUACUUUAGUUGUGAUGACCAUUUUUUGGUGGUGGAUAAAGCUGUUGAUUGUGGGCGUGCGAAAUUAGAACCUACUGGAGAACAACGAUCUUACAAUAGAAACUUGCGUCCUUCUUUGGCAGUUCAUGCGGUUUCUUCCCCAGGUAAUGUUUUCUAAAAAAAAUAUCAUAAAUCUUUAGCUUUACAUAUCUUGUUUUAGGAAAUAAAUUACCUUUGGAUUGCGGCCAUUUCGCCCUGAAAACACUACUUAUCAAAACCUGGCCAGUGUGAAUCAUGCUUUAGAACUCAGAAAAUGGAAAUCCGUUUUUACGAAUUAAAUGAAUAAAUAUUCAUCUGAAAACUGCAAUCUCGCUGAUAUGUCUCUUUAGCUUCAAUUUCCUUUAUUUUACCCAUAUGUAGCUUUGGUAACGAGGAAGUUUUCCAUUGGAAAGCUGACAUUAAUAUCUUGAUACUUCAGUGGUCAACCAAUGCGAUAUUAAGGACGAGGGCCAGCAAAGAAGCUUGCAAUGCAUUGCAAGAGUGGUGGUGAUUUUUGUGGUCAAAAUGUUGUCCUUCUUUCAGGUUUUGGCCUGCAGACUUGAGAGGAGAUUGGCAAAUGUCCAUCCUUCUGAUAAGUUGGUUCAAUCGUCUGCUUCUGUGGGAGAUCAGACUAAUGAAUCUGCAGAGGAUUAUGUCGGUCCUUGUCUACAAAAAAUACAAAAGCUUGAGCUGAUGUUGGCGGAGAUAAGCUGCAGACCUGCAGAAAUUCCUGCGGAGAAGCAGCAUAUGCUCGAGGAAUCUUGGGAUAGGAUCAAAUCCAUCGAGUUUGACCUCAAGAAGACAAAGAAAGUAAGUAAAUAGUUAUAGCUCCUCAAGUCAUCGAUCCAUCCUCUUUUCUCUUCCUGGGCAACAAUGUAUUUUUGUUUUUUUUUUUUUCCUUUUCUUCUCUACAUUGUAGACCGGCUUACUAUAAUAGUUUUUCAGGUAUGAUUAGUGAUAGUAAAAUCUGCUCAUAUUGCCCACCUGGUCUGGUCAUCUUUUCAUAACUGGUAUGGUUUAGAUCCUUGACCUAUUUUGAGUAGUCGAAUGACUUUAUUUAUAUCAGGUGUUGCACGCUACAAUAAUGAAGCAAUUGGAAAUCGCGGAGUCACUGAAAUCUGCCCGGGACUCGAAAACAAAGGUUAGUGAGUUUCAGCACAGUUGAUUUGACGCAGUAUAACACAAUCAUUAUUCUCGUAGAUUAGUGAGAUGUGGCAACGUUAUUCUUUCAUUCUAGUGUUAUUAAGAUGGUGCUGUCGGCCGUGGAGCUUGCAGACAGACCCUUUGUGUUGAUUUGUCAGUCCUAGGAAGAAAUGGAAUCUAGGAGGUAGAGAGAGGAGGGAGGGGAGUAAGAUAUUACGUUGUGGAUGGCCAGGUAAUCCCUGAGAACUUUCAAUGCGUCAAUCUCAAAACCAUGAAGAGACCCAAAAAAGUAGUGUUGCAUGUCCCUUCCUUAACCAGAUCCAGACCUCCAUAGUGUAUGGUCUGAAAGUUCUCGGCCCAUUUUCCUUAUCAUGUGGUUCCCUUGAUAUUACUAUCUCUCUCUCUAUCUCCAUCUGUGCAUAUAGUUACUGGCUCGAUGCCUGUGAUAAAGGUGGAGUAAAGCAUUGUCUGCAUUUUGGUUAGGGUUUCGUUUGUUUCCAGUAAACUCAUCAUUGGGAGCAGAUGAAGCAACCGUUGUCUGAAGAUUUCCCGUUUCUCUGGUGCAGAGAACACUGUUUUGACAAGUUGAAGGGGGUGCUGACUACUCGUGCCGGAUCGCUUGCGAAGACCACGCCUCUCUCUCUCUCUGUCUCUCUCACUCACUCACUCACUCACUCACUCACUUUAUGUACGUAUCCUUUCUAAGUCACUGAAGCAUUUUUAGGCUCACUGUAAAGAGAAACGAAAGGAAUUAAAAGGAUAUGUGCGUACCCUCGCCAGAGUCAACGUACCCUUUUGGUAAUCAUUCUUCUUUCUUCCUCAGACCUUGCAUUCUGGUGCAUCUCUCUUCUCUUCUUGUCAAAGUCCACUACAAAUGAUACUAAAACAGCCUAUCGCCCGCCACCCGCUCCUCUUCUCUGGUUAGUGGUUAGUUCUUGAGGAUAGCCUUUUUAAGUCGACCCUUUGACUUUGUAUCCACGAAAACUAAAACGUCGUUUGGAAUCACUUCAUGCGAAGAAACCGAUUCCGAAGCUGUCAGCCAUCUCCUCGAACCGCGGGCCGACUUACACGUGUCGGCAGACGAAUAAUAAUAUCUAAUAAUCACAGGUAUAAUCGACGGAAACGAGAAAAAGACGGCUUAAUGAUUUACAUAAAAUCUGACCUUCACUUUCUGACUUGCUACUACAUCGAACGCCUUGCCGCCGAGGGUCAAGCAUCUGGAUGGGAUAGGCAUCGGCGGAAGGAGGAUCACUACGAACCAGCAAGAGGAUUUCUUCCCCGAUGCUUCUGGCGAAACUGCUUCUUCGUGAUGCACCAAGCGCUGUGGAAGGUGCUCACCUGAAAAGGAGAUGCAAGAAGAAAGACAUGA